GUCAGUUUUUAAAAAAGGGGCUUACUGCUCGCGAGUUAAAAAGAAAUGCACACAGAAGAGAAAUAACUAAAAUAAGAAAGGAAGAUCAAGCUAAAGCUAAAGCCCAAGGUGAACCCUCGUCAAGACCUCGUUGUUUGGGUGCUUUGCGUUCACCAGAAAAUAGUGAAUCUACAAAAAGGAAUAAAACAGCUUAAUAAUUAGCUACAAAGACACCUCACAUGGAUAAUCCUGAUAAUAGUGUGAGUUCUCCUUCUGCAAAUGUGUUCUCAACUGCAUUGGAAAGUGAUAUUACCCAACUUGAUGAUAGGUUUGAUGUUUCCCGUCAAGAAAAGCUUGCACAAAGUGGUGAACAAUUGUUGAAAAUGAUUGUUGAUGUAGCAACUAUUUUUAAUGAUAUUCCUUCAAGCUGCUACCCAGAAAAUGAAAACGCAAAGGGUGCUUCUUCUGCAGAAAGAAUGGAAAACAUGGAUUCUUUGUGGGAGGGAGUCCGAGAAUCUGUUUACAACAGUUUCCUUUCAAAGCAGGCUUAUCCAUUGGUAAUUCAGUGUGAUAACUGCUCGCAGUCACUUUCUGGAGAGAGAGCUACCAGGUGUUUGACAUGCAAAAAACAUUAUUGUGGAGACUGUGAUUUUUCCUUUCAUGCCCAGCAACCAUUUCAUAAUCGAUGGUUAGUUUCCAGCGAUAGUUGGUACUCCUUGAAAACGAUGGAAUUUGUGGAUUCCACUGGGAAACUCGUAGAGAAAGAUGUUUUAGUCCCCUGUUUCAAACCCCAUCAAUGUACUUUGUGUGGUUCACCUGCUGUACAAAUUGAAUCAGGAUCUCGUUCUCGUGUAGUUAUCGUCGUCACUUCAGAAGGGCGUUUUGAAUGCAAGUCAUCUGUAUUCUCAUGCCUGGAAUGUCACGCCAAAGUUGAUGCAACUAUUCACGAACAUGUCCAAUCCAAUUUAAUGCCAGGGAAUCCAAAGGCUCUCAACUACUUGGCUUUAUUAACAACCGCUCUGCAUUAACUCUCACCCAUGCUGACGUGUUAGUAGGAAUCUUCCCUUGGAAUAAGCCAGAAAUUAGUUUCAUGGAGAAAUUCAAUAUUGUUGACACAUGGAAGCUAUUGCAGCGGUCCCAGGAGGAAAUAGUGCAGUCGGAAAAGGAAAUGACGCAAUUUAUGAAAUCGUUGUACGACAUGCGAAUCAAAUUGCAAGAGGAUAGACAGAUGUAUCUUCAAGCUUUGUCUGGAUCAUCAUUGCAACAACUUGAAUUAUGAGUUCAUCAGAAGAUGAGGACGAUUUUGUAUGUUGUCAUUGUAAACCCAAUAAAUUA